UGCUUGUGGCGCAGUUAAAUUUGGCACGAGCUUCCUAUGCUUGCCUCUGUUUUCGCAUGGAUCCACAGUUAUGCUGCUGAGGGGAGGCUGGGGUUCUCUGCUGCUCUCAGUCGCUGCGGAGCCGAGCAGAGUCGGAAAGCACCCGAAGCCCGAACGAAAGUGCAGAAAUUGAAAUAAAGCCGUUAUUUUUCGUCCAGGAGCCCGUGUGUUUUGAUGUGCACCCGGAGACUAUUCGACGGAAACCGGAACACAAAAUCACGAAUCACGAACGAGGAUACACACAGGGAUAAUAUGCGUGUGCAGUGAAAUCAAGUGAAAAGCCCAAAAAUGAAGUAACUCUUAAUCAGAACGAAAGCCAAGUUCACAGGACCGUUAUUAGCCCGGACCAGAGCCAAAGACAGCGAAGAAAAGCGAUAACCAGCCGCCAGAGGCCGCCACUCCACAUCCGCCGGGAGUGUUGAGGAAUUUCUCCGGAAAAAAAAAAAAAAAACGAAAGAAAAGCAAAACAGUUGAGUGCGAGGGAGAGCCAGGGGGAGCGGAAGCGGAAGCGAGAGUGAGAGCGAGCAAGAUGGACAGCUCGCCGGAUCUGUCGCUGAAACUGCGACGCGGGAGCAGCGAUUCCCGCGACAACUUCUACAUGGACUUCGCCCAGGGCAUCGACUCCGAUAUCGAGGAGGUGGACACCACCGCCGCCACAGCCACAACGGAGGUGGUCCCCCCGCCGCCGCCGCCACUGCCCACAAUCUCCCUUGCCGAGGAGGUGAUGCUCCUGGUGGCCCCGCCCCCGCCACCACCGUCGUUGCUGGGCCAGCCCUUGCCCACGCUGACGGAAACGGAUGACAUUCCGCCGACGCCCACUCCGCCGCCACAGCAGCAAUCGGCGGCCGAUGACGAGGAGGAGGAGGAGGACGAGGACGACGAAGAGAACGAGGAGGACGAGCCACCGAAGGAGGGAGCAGGUGUAGGUUCUCCGCCGGGUUCGCCCAUCAACUCAGUGCUGGAACUGGAGCUGAUACCGCCACCGCCGCUGUCGCCCAUGGAGGAUGCCGGUCUGCGGACCGAUGACGAUGGUGAGGGUGAGGAAACUGACGAUGCAGAGGAGGUGGUCGCCAUUCCACCGCCCCAGGAAAUGGGGGCUGAGGAGGAGGAGGAGGAGCAACCGGAAUCGGAAACGGCCAACAAUUACCCCGAGGCCAAGGAAUCCCAGGACGAGGAUGAGGAAGACGAUGGCCCUCCCCCGCCUCUGCCACCUCUUCCCUCCAACCUCUCCUAUGUUCAGGGCAAUCUCGGCCAGGUCACGCCCCCUCUCACCAAGUCCCCCUCCACGUCGCCCUCUCCGCCAGUGACUCCACCACCUUGUCCGGAACUUAACAUCAGCCGGAUGGUGUCGCCGCCCGCCCAGCACGUCAGCCAGAUACCGCCCCUCACCCCCUCCUCGGAGAGCGAAGGCGAGGCUGAGUCCCAGCCGAAUUCCCCGCCAAUCCAUGCCAGAUUGGACGCCGAGCAGCCGCCUCCCGAAAUGCUCGAGCAGGAACAGGAGCAGGAUCAGGAACCGGAACCAGAGCUAGAGGCUGGACCGGUGAGCGGAACUCGCGAAGAGUACAGCCGCUCACUGGAUAACGAGGACGAGUCGACAACCAUAACCACGCCACCCAGCAACGGCUACUCCGCCUCCUCCAUCAUUGCUCCCCCUCCGGAGCACUUUGCAGAGCUGGACGAAGAUCGUGGCUUCAUUCCACCGCCACCCCUGGAGCAGGAGCCCGACGAAGAGGAGGAGGAGCUGACCAAGGUGGAGACAGAUGAGCUCUCCAUAGACCGGGUCUCCCUCCCAGAGCACCCGGGCGACAGUAUCAGUUCUCCGCGGGCGGCAAGCAUCGCCAGUGGAGCCUUGGCCGGCUUGACUGGCUCCGUUUCCAUGUCAGCCGGAUCCGGAGGAUCCCCGAACCCGGACAGUCGCGGCCCCAGUCGCAGCGGCAGCCAGCGUUCCCAGCUGCCCGGCUCACGAAGUGGCUCCCAGGCCGGCUCUCGCAUCGGUUCCCGCACUGGCUCCGUCGUAUCCGGAACCGCUCCAGGCGUCCUGUCGCCGCAGGCCUCGCUGAAGUCGCAAGCAUCUAUCCGGUCCCAGAUCCGCAGCCCGGCUGGCUCCGUCAAGUCCGGCUCGCAUCGGGUCCAGAGCCCUCCGGCCGGAGAGGGGGCUCCGGUGAUGCCCUCGCCCCCGCUGAUGCGAAGUCCGCCACCGGAACUUGCCCGCCAGAUGCACAGCCCUCCCCGGGUCACUACGCCGCCGCGCGUCUGCAGCCCGCCGAUGGUGAGCAGUCCACCCAAGCUGGCGGAGACAGCAGCCGCCGCCGCCGGAGUCUCAGUAGUCGCCGGCGUGAAGGAACAGAUCAGCAGUUCCAGUGCCGCCACCGCCACUGCCACCGCUCCCGGCGCCGCCGCACCACCAGAACCGGAGCCACCGGUGGCCACCGUCAGCUACCAGGACGAGCAGAAGCCACCGCCACCGCAGCCGGUGACGGUCACCAGCCAGCCGAGGCCCAGCCACCACCACUACCACUUGCCCCACCAGUUCCAGCAUCCGCACCACCAGAACCACCACACGCACCACAGUGUCCGGGUGCCCACGCCCACGGUGCCGAGCAGCUAUGCCCCGCCCCCACCGCCGCCUUCGGACCCGGCCGGAAGUCCCGGUUACGGGCAACGGAGGCAACUGCUGGUUGCCACCGCGGCGGCGACCGCUUCCGGCUUGAGUGCGUCCUCCGCUGCUGCUGAGCCAGUUGUGGCCAUUUCCCCGGGCAGGGUCUCGGCCCGCUCCGGUUCCCAGCACCAUGUGACCAUCGACGAGUCCAGCUUGCCACAUCGCAGCCAGAUCCAGGAGACCCCCGGGCCCAGUGGCCUGAUUAUUGGCGGCGGAGACGGGGACGGCGACCGGGACAUCGGAGGCGGCGGCGGAGGAUCCUCCGAUCCGCCGUCCUCGCCGGGCGGCAGCAGCUCCCAGCCGGCGAUGAGCAGCCAGGCGGAUGGAGGGCAGCUGGCGUUGUACCACUCGCACCAGCUCACCAACUACCCGGUGCUGCCCGCCAUCAAGCGCACCCACCGCCCCUCCUUCGUCUAUCCACCCAUGCCGCGGGUCAAGGCUGGCGACGCUCUGGCUACGCUCUUCUCGGCUCUCUAUGGAAAGCUCCUGGUGGUGAUGGGCAUUGCCUUCCCCAUGGCGGAGGUCAUAUCCACCUACAUACCCCCCUCCUUCUACGAGGUCUACUAUUUGUACUUGUACAUUGGCAGCAUGAUCUUCCUGCUCUUCAUGUACGCCACUCUGCUCUGGGGAAGGCCCAAGCUUCCGGUUCCAAUAGCCACUUCUCCGAACAAGUCCACCACCAAGGCCAGUGGCACGGACAGCAUGGAUGAAUCGGACACGGACAGCAACUCCAUGCACCGGCGACUGCCGCCCAUGCCGGUGCGGCGACCGUCACUCCUCUCGCCCCUGGGCCGGCAGCACCACUACGGUAGCUUCUACUUGCGCAUGGGAGCCGUAGCUUUUGGCAUCGGAAGCAUGAUCUAUUCGGGCCUGGAGUUCGGGCAGUACUUUGAACUGAAUCCGGACACCAAGUGCCACAACGUGCUGCUGGCUCUCACCCCGGCCACCCGGAUGGCCUUCAUCUUCAUCCAGAUGUACUUCAUCUUCCUGAACAACGAACAGAUCAAGGUCUACCGCUACAAGAUCAUCGCCCGCUUCGGUCUGAUGCACAUGAUCGGCACCAACCUGGCCGUCUGGCUGAACGUCCUCAUCCAGGAGACGAAGCACGAGAUACUGACCUUCUACAACCCGGAGAACCGCACCCUGAGGAUCUCGCACAGGAUACCGGGACACUCGCGGGGCCACGCCAUCAUCCCCCAGGAUCCGACGGCCCAUUUGCGGGUGCCGCGCGGGCUGAAGGGUCCGUACCAGAUCUUCGAGUGCCGGCGGACGAACAUCAUCGGAACUUUGGUGCAGGAUGCCUCGCCGUUCCUCUUCCCGUGCACCAUCGAGUACUCCCUGAUCUGUGCCGCCAUCCUGUACGUGAUGUGGCGCAGCAUUUCCCGGCCCCAGAGCCCCACGCCGCAACGUCCGGACAUGAUCAGCUCGCCGAUGAAGCGUUCGCCCCACCACUACUCCGUGGACUGCGCCCGCGCCCACAAGGGCCUGUUCGUGGGCAUCCUGAUCCUGGUGCUGACCAUCAUCUCGCUGAUCAUCUUCUUCGUGCUGAUCUCCCGCCCGGAGUUCGUGUCCAUGGCCGUCACGGAGGUGACCAUCUGCGAGCUGCUCAUCUACGGCACAGCCACCAUAGCCACCCUGCUGGGGAUGAUCCAGAUACGGCACUUGCAGUACGACGCCUACCGCAGCUUCUCCCUGGACGACAUCCUGCUGGUGGGCGCCCAGACCGGCUCGUUCCUGUACAACAUCUUCACGGUGAUUGCCGGACACUUUACGCUGCGGAGCGACGACAUGCUGGUGCCGAUCAACGCCCUGGCCUCGAUCGUCCAGACCGCCUGUCAGACGAUGUUCAUCUUGGACGCCAGCCGGCGGCAGGCGGUCAGUCCGGAGCACAUCCGCAAGAAGCCCGGCCGGGAGAUAGUCACGUUCAUGCUGGUGGUCAACCUGGCGAUGUGGGCGAUCAGCACGCUGGAGAAGUCGCGGGCGGAGUCGCACCCCAUCCAGCUGAACUUCUACGGGCUGUGGGCCUGGACGAUCAUCACGCACGUGUCCAUGCCGCUGGCCAUAUUCUAUCGGUUCCACUCGACGGUGUGCCUGUGCGAGAUCUGGAAGCGGGCCUACAAGCUCAAGCCGACGUACAUGUGAGAGUUCGCCCGCUCGCGCAUUCAGAGCAUUGCGCAGCAGCAGCAGUUCUGCGAGGACCUCAAGACGAACCUCUCCUACUGCUACUGCUCCACCACCCUGGCCGGGGGCGAGCUGGAGACGGUGGAGGAGGUGGACAGUGGUGAGAGUGGCUCGGGAUCGGGAUCGGGUUCGGGUUCGGGGGGCGGAUCAGGUAAAGAUGAUAAAGGAGGCGAAGGAGCUGGAACUGGAGCUGGGGGAGCUGGGGGAGAGGCUGGCACCGGCACUCUUGCUGCAGCCGAUCCGGAAGGGGCACAAGGCGGCGACAAUGGCCCCACCCUGAGGGCACCACACCACGCACGGGCCAUGUCGCCGCAGAGCCUUAACACCGAGAAGGCCUUCUGUCCGGUGUACGUCAUCAACGGCGAAUGAGUUUACGCUCACUUUGAGUUCAUCGACGCGAUGAGCGGGCAUGAGCUCAGUUUUGUGUAGGAGUUGCAGAGCCACUUGCAGAUUAGAAACCACCAUUAGAAACCACCAUCACCCAACCACCUCUAGGAGAAGGAACCACCAAGAAACCACAAACAGAAGCGGAUGCAGUCUAUUUUGCAGUCUAGAAUACUGGAAAGAAAGAAAUGAAAACAAGAAACAUAUCCGGCAGAGGAGAAGGAUAUUUAGAGAGGAUAUUGAGAGAGAAAUCAAAAACGAGGAACCCCAAAAGCAAUGCCACUAUGCCACUAGUACGUAUACGCAGUAGAUAAUCCCACAUUACGUAUACGCCAUAUCGUACUCGAAACUACUUAGAAGAAUCCUUAAAAACUAGAUCCUGGGUCUUCGGGGGACGCCUUUGCGAGUCGUUCGAGGACCCCGCAUCUCCUUUUUGAGUUCUAUACAAGAUUAAUGGUAGGACAUACUCGUAACUGUAGAGGAAUUCAUGUUCAGACUUUAUAUUUAACCAAAAAAGCGAAAACCAAAAAAUGGAAGAAAAAAAAAACUAUAUAGUUGGCUAGAUUGUUGGACGAGCUCGCGAUCGCAAUUGAACUGUAAACCAUUUUAUACAUUUAUAUACAAAGGAUAUAAAUGAGAGACUGACUAAGGAUCAGCACAAAGGGUUGUGAGGCAACCGAACUAUAUACCGAAUACCAAAUACUGCAUCUGUAUCUUAGCGAGCGAGGCGAGUUCUUUAAACGAUAUUUACAAGCAUAAUUAAUCGGCGUUCAAAGGCAUAAACUCAUAUAAUGGAAACCGUAAAGGAUAAGCAGAGGAUCCGAAUCAGGAUCAGGAUGAAGAGAGGAAGUCAUUAACCCCACCAGAGAAUCGAGGUGAUCAAAUUUAAGGAUCAAAGGAGAACAACGCAAAAGUUACAACACACACUGGCCUACCAAGUAGACAGUUCACGAAACACACUGACGAAACACCCCCUCCCCCACACAGUCUAGAGUCUAGAGUCUAUAGAGCCUAAGGAUAAUGUAGCCACGCCCCCUCCACGCCCUCGUUUGAGAAGAUUGUUGAGAUGCCUGAUUUUUAUCACAGCGUUAAUCGAAUUUGUUGAUAUUAUUGACUUGUUAGGAGCCUUGUUUUGCCCAAAUAGGUUUAUUAUGUGAUAUGUACUUGUGUUUCUUCUAAGCUUGGUCUUCAAACCCCCCUCCCCCUUCCCCGAUGCCCCCUCACAGACACACCCCACCCCCCCAUAUACACACACACACAGUAUUAAAAAUGCUCAAAAUAAUGAAAAUGUAGAUGACAAAUCACUUGGAGAAAUUGGAGAAAUCUCACCUACUGUAAGACGCACAAAGAAAUCUCUAGUGAGUAACAAUUUUUAAGGAGUUACGUAUUACGAAUAUCGAUGUCUGUUUUUUUUCUCGUCUACCAUAAUGGUAUAAGAUAUGUCUAGGAUAUACACUUGCGAUCGUCUCUGUAUAUUUUUCAAUGCCAAAGAGUUCUUUAUGUAGCCUAUGUUGUAAUUGCUUUCUUGUUGCGAUAAAAAUUAUGAUUAUAAAAAAAGAGAAGAGAGAGUUUUUUGAAUUUACUAACUCAUCCAUUGUAUAUUCAAAAGUUAUUCAAAUGCCAAAUCGAAAUCGAAACCAAAACCACACACAAAGUCACAAAGUCACAAAACUCACAAAAAUCACAAAGUCACAAAGCCACACAAGAAAUGAAACAAUUUAAGAACAAAAUAUACAUAUAUAUAUUAAAGUAUAUAUAUAUUAAAUUAGUUAUUUCAAUUUUAUACUCGUACUAAAUUUUUAACUAGAAUUAACUAUAACUUUAUAUGCAUUUUUCUUACAUGUAUUUAUUGUACACCGACUCUUGGAAUACACUGCUCGAAAACCGAACGGGAAUCGAACUCGAAAUCAAAUCGAAAAACGAAAAUUUAAAACUAAAUUUAAUAAUUGAUUAUUGCAUUAGUAUUUAUUGAAGUAAGUAGUUGCGAUUGCGAAAUCGAACGUCAUUAGAGGAACUCCUAUUCCACGUAGAACCAGAAACCAGAAACCAGAAACUGAGCAAGGCAGUAACAUUUUAUGCAAAGUGAAUGAAAAAAUUACAACAAAUAAUAACAGAAUAUUUAAAAGUUAUACCCAAAAGCCACUAUUUGUUCUCAUUAAUAAGAAAAGAAAUCAAAAUAAAUGUAAUAAUCGAAAUCGUGGGACUCACUUUCUAUAGACUAUACACUUUGUAUUCUCUUGGCCCUUCAAACUUUUCUAUCCAAGACUUUUCCGAAAGACCCUUUCCUGGGAGAGAGGUUUCAACAUUUCCAGCGAUCUGCAUCGCCAAUCUGCAUCCGUUUGACAUUUUCGAGUAGUUUGUAGUUUAAGGAUUGCAUUUUCCCCCCAUUCCAACAACCAUUCAAACUUUGAAACUUUUCCCGAAAAACGAAGAAAUGACAAGAAAAUGAGAUACAAUACUUAACAGCUAUGGAACUGGACUAAGCCUAGGAAAAGCAAUUUGCAUUAAGUGUUACAAGUAUUUAUAUGUAUUUACAAUAAAGGUUAAACGAAAAUCAAGCGAAAGCCACAAGCCCCCCAUAAAACUAGUCGUGAAUGUUCUGUGUUCCCCAAGAAAGCCAUACAGCCCCCGAAAAGCGGAAAACCCGAAUCAUAAACCAAACUAUAUUGACUAUAAAAUGGCAGUAAAUAUGCAAUAAAUAUGAUUAUUAAAUUGAAA